UGGAGAGAGAGCCGCUAACCAGACUGUUAGCGUGAAACAUCAGUAACAACAAGCGGCACAGAAAAGAGGGGGGAAAAAACUCACACUGAGCCCCGGGAGACCGUUUAAACCUGCCGCGAACAGCACACAGCCCGCGUCCCGACCGUGUGGACCCGCUGCCGCCGAGGUCUUCCAACGUCUCCUUCCUGGACAGAUGUUGAGGUGUAACUACUGUUAGAGGUGACAGGGUGAGGAAGAGGAGGAGUGUCGGUUAACUGCACCAGGUUUUGUCUCAUGAGAGUGACUGUGCCAUCCAGACGCCGCCAGUGACCAGGGCUGUGGCUGUGGCGGGCCCGGCCCAGGAGGCCUUUUCGUACAUCACUCCAGGCUCCCGCUGACCUGCGCUGCUCACACCAUGGAUCAACAAAGAGACAAAUAUGGCGAGCGGCCGGCGAGGAGCACUAAAGUUUCCCAGGGAAGCCGAAGCGGACACUCGUCCCGGCCGUCUGGAUCCUCCAGCUCCUCCGGCGUUCUCAUGGUGGGGCCCAACUUUCGUGUGGGCAAAAAGAUCGGCUGUGGAAACUUUGGUGAAUUGAAGCUUGGUAAAAAUCUCUACACAAACGAGUAUGUAGCCAUUAAACUGGAACCAGUGAAGUCGAGGGCCCCACAGCUGCAUCUAGAGUACCGGUUCUACAAAACUCUGGGCACUACAGCCGAGGGCGUGCCCCAGGUGUUUUACUUCGGGCCCUGUGGGAAAUACAACGCCAUGGUUCUGGAGCUGCUGGGCCCGAGUCUAGAAGACCUCUUUGACCUUUGUGACAGAACCUUUUCACUGAAGACCGUCUUAAUGAUCGCAAUUCAGCUGAUUUCUCGAAUGGAGUACGUGCACUCUAAAAAUCUCAUCUACAGAGAUGUAAAACCCGAAAACUUUCUCAUCGGACGGCAAGGGAACAAAAAGGAACACAUCAUCCACAUCAUCGACUUUGGCCUGGCCAAAGAGUACAUCGACCCCGAGACCAAAAAACACAUUCCGUACCGGGAGCACAAGAGCCUGACCGGUACCGCCCGGUAUAUGUCCAUCAACACACAUUUAGGCAAAGAACAAAGCCGGCGAGAUGACCUGGAGGCCUUAGGCCACAUGUUCAUGUAUUUCCUACGUGGGAGUCUACCUUGGCAAGGACUAAAGGCUGACACACUGAAAGAAAGAUACCAGAAGAUUGGAGACACAAAACGAAACACUCCCAUCGAGGUCCUCUGUGAGAACUUCCCAGAGGAGAUGGCCACCUACUUGCGGUAUGUGAGGCGGUUGGACUUCUUUGAAAAGCCUGACUAUGAAUAUCUGAGGACUCUGUUCACUGAGCUGUUCGAGAGGAAAGGAUACACCUUUGACUACACUUACGACUGGGUUGGCAGGCAAAUUCCCACACCAGUGGGAUCUGUCCACAUAGACUCUGGUGCAUCAGCGGUCACGAGAGAGAGUCAUCCUCACAGAGACCGACCCUCACAGCACGCACCGAUUAGAAAUCAGACAGCAGUCUCAGAUCGACGAGGAGCAUGGGAGGUGCAGCCCACACGCCAAGCAAACUCCUCCUAUCUGACCUCCCACCUGGCAGCGGACAGGCACGGGGGCUCAGUGCAGGUGGUCAGCUCGACCAACGGGGAGCUGAACGCAGACGAUCCGCUGGCAGCUCAUUCCAACGCUCCGAUUACAGCUCAGGCAGAGGUGGAGGUGGUCGACGAGGCCAAGUGCUGCUGCUUCUUCAAGCGAAAACGGAAGAAGAACACGCCGAGGCACAAAUGAUCACCCAGCACCAGCCUGAAACCUUCCAAGUGUCCGGCUCAGUUGAUUGUGAUUUCAGAAAUCAAUAAGGUCCCAUUCAGAGCAAAAGAGGGAGUCAACGGAAAGAUCUUGAUUGAAUUGUUCUCUGUUGGGACCAGUUAAAAAUGGUUUGUCGAGAUGUACAAGACGCUUGUGUCUUUUGAUGGGAGUCCUUUUUUUAAAUUUUUGUUUUCUUUUUUUCCCCUCUGCCGAGACGUGUGGGGAUGAUUUGCAGGUCAGUCGGCCAAAACGGGGAAACCUUUUUUGAUGGAAUUUUUGCAGAGAAUGGAUGUUAUUGUUAUUUUUUUUUCCCUCCUCAAGACGCCCGCCAUUUGUAUUUUUCCUCUCCUCAUUUUUGGCAUAUUUUUGCUCCUGUUUCUCUUCUGUGGUGUUGCGAAACGAAGAGACAGAUCUUCCCGUGGCGUACUAUGAUUUCCCGCUUUACUCACAAAAGCAUUAUUUUUCACAUCCCCCCCUCCCUCCUCUUCCGCCAGAGUCCCAGGUCAACGCCGUCUGCCCCUCGUUAGUUUACUCGCUCAUUUUGACACAAAGCCCUGUUGGUCUUUCCUGACGUGGGACUGAAUGUAAACCUGAGGAGCCAAGAGUGAAGCUGCCUACAUUCGGGCACAAAGAGCAUCAGUCUGCCGAUUGGCCCCUGCACUUUUUUUCCUCCAAAGAGGUCAACCCCGGCACUGGGACCCGAGAGAACAGAAGACCAGAGACGCCUCCUGCACUGUGUUCUCUGAGGACGGUUUCUGCUCACGCUGCUUGGUUAAAGCACUCCCCUUAACCACGCUGCUGUUCUAAACACACUACAGUCUCUCUUUGUGACUCUCAUGCAGUUUUCGCUCCUGUUGUCUUUGCGCCGACGAGCGGCAGCCUGACGCUUGUUGACGGGGCUGAAACAAAAACAAAACAAACAAAAAAAAAAAAUUGCUAUUUAUGCUAUUUAUCUCUUGGUUUGCCACCAGUUUUCCUACUAAUUCUAAAAAAAAAAAAAACAUACACACUGAAUGUAUGGACGGAAAAGUAAAUGACUUUGGAGCAUUUAUAUAAUCUGUCAUGUGCAUGGGAAGGAAAUUGCAGUUAGGGAGUGAAGACCAAUGUUUAAAAAGUUAGAAAAAAAAGAAGAAAAAAAAAGUGAGACCAAAUCCGAGUGGGUUUGUUGGGUUGGGAGGAUCUUACAGGUCGGUGAUCUUAGUAACUGCACCAGUGGAUAUUUGGGGGGAAAAGUUGCUUUGGAGCGACGAGAGAAAACUGGUAAAAUGCUUUGGAGAAUCACAGCCUCUAAAACGCUUCUGUCCAAUGCCUUAACCCCAACCAACCAACCAACCGACCGACCGACCAACCACCCAACCAACUGACCGACCACCGCAUCACAUCACCAGUUGGACAACCAGCUAGCAGCAUGGCGGUAGUGAGAUGUGCAGUUUUUUGGGGUCGCCUGUAUAAUAGAGCAGUUAAUGACUUCCCUUGUUGACACACUGAAGACGUAUUUCCCGAGAAAGCAAUGCCAAAAUGGAAAAGGUUUGGUGUCGUAACGGUGUUAAAAGAUGUCGUCCCCGCCCCUCCGUGUCCAGUCUGAAGACCCCUGUGCUGCAAAGUGACGACGUUUGGACGACUGCUGAAGCCCGCUGCCUCUCCUCGGACGCCAGCGGGAGCGAGGGGCGGACAACAAGUGAACAUGUCCAUACCAUUUUUGUUUUUUUUUUAAUUUUAGUGUCACGGAGGACUGCCUUGAAACAAUAUCCUCGAUAUGUCACCUUGCCUAUCCUCCUAACGGAGAGUGAAUUACCGUUCAUGGGUGUUUUAUUUUUUUAAUUUUACAUCGUUAAUGCUAAUGUGAAUUUGUUGAAUGCAAUUUUUUUUUUCUCCAUUCCAAAUAGCCAUGGUUUUAUGGGGAAAGAGAGGGUAAACAAAAACAAAACAACAACAACAAAAGCUCCAGACCAUGACUGCACUACAUUUGUUGACCCCCGGCUUUCCCUGACAAGACCCUGCCUUCUUAAUACUGUACUUUAAAUGUGCUUAUUACUUUAAUUGUAGCUGCCUCGUGUGCUAGGCCUUCCCUAUAGGGUGCAGGGAAUACACUUUAUUGUUUCUUUUCCCCCCUUUUUUUGUGCCAUCACACCCUCCACCCUCUUUUCUUCCCUCCACACACAUGCAAGUCCAACAUGAAUCGACUCUCAGUGGAGUGUUUUUCUUUUGUUUUGUUUCGUGGACCUGCUCCAUCAUCUUUAAACAAUGUUGUAGAUGUUGCAAAAUUAUCUCAAUGAAUCAGUAUGUAAACCUGCUUGUUAUGUGUAUUUACACUGUAUAGCUUUUGGUUUAUUUUUUACCCCCCACCAAGACAUGUCAGUUACUCCGGGGUCUAAGUUAUUGUGUUAUCGAAAGUACUUGAAUAUGAAAAUCUACGGGACCUUUUCUGUUUGUUUUUUUUUGUUUUUGUUUUUGUUUUUUAUUUCCUAGUAAUUCCACACAUAGGAUUUUGAGGGGAAAAGGUGGGAAAACAGGCUAUUUGAAUGACAGGUAUUCGUUUCUUAGAGAUGUCUCAGUGCCUCUUGAGUGUGUUGGACAGGUGAAGUUUUUGUUUGUGUGUGUGUGUGUGUGUGCGUGUGUGUGUUUAUCUGGUCGGGGGGGAGGGGAGGGUUUGUCGUUUCCACCCGGAAGAGGUGCGGUUAGAUGUUGAGAGGUUUAAAAAAGAAAAAGAAAAAAAUCACUUCUAUGUCUCUGUGAAAACAUUCUUCAUGAUGUAUUUUUGAUCCGGUGUCGGGAGAAAUCCGAGACACCAAAACCUGUGACGCCGGCCGCCUGCGGUUCCUUCGCGGCGGCCGGACUGUUCGGUUCCAGCAGCUACUUGAGAGAAGCUGAAAGUAUUGUGUGUAGUGAGAUGGAUAUCAAGACUAUAUAGCCUUCAAUGUUCCCCCUGAAUUCCCCCCCGAGUGCCAUUCCUGAGACGACUACUACUACUACUAGCCCAUGCCUUGUACCUGUGCCAGGAAAAAAAUAUGAAGCUGAAUGUGUGUUUUUUUUUUUGUUUGUCUUUUUGUUUUUUUUAAACCAUCGCAUUCCAUCGUGUGUCCUUGACGUGUCCGCUGUCAGGUUUUUUUGGGAGAAAUCGUGGCUCGAUGCCGAACGAGUGUCGAUGAAAGUGUUUUUAAAGAGUUCAAUAUUCUAUCACGAGCUUGUGACUGAUCAUGUUCCGCUUCUUCCUCAAGCUGAAACGGUAGAUAUCGAUAUAUUACUCCGAUGUAUUUACUUUUUUUUUUUAUAACUCUGUGGGCGUCGUACAGGGCGAUAUAGGAGUGCUCUGUAUGAUUCGUAUCUGCAUGGCUUAUCCGGAGACGCCUCCUCUCCGGCGAAUCUUCUUAACCCGUAGGGCUCGUGUACCGUCGGAUCAGCGAGACGCUCCGGCUUCCAGUCCUCGCGCGAGAUACGAAUUCGUUCUUUCCUCGCAGCACAUUCCAUUUCAGUUCCCACUUCUUUUUCCUCACACAGGUUCACUCCAGUCAGACGUGUGUUUGUGUGUCGCUCAUUCCUGCGUGUCGAAGCUGUGUAAAUCAAAGCAAAGGACAGUUAAAGUGUGAAUGAAUGGCUUUAGGUCUCUUUGGGUUCUCUGGCACUUUUUCCUUGUUGCUGUACUGUAGAAUUGUGUUGGAUUUACUGUAUAUUUUUUCUUUGAGGGAGAGGUGUAGGGUGACAUUUACUGCAAUAUUGUGAUGAUUAUUUGAACUGUAAAUUGUACAGAGUUCACAAUUGUAGUCUUUGUUUUCUGUUGGGAAUCCAUAUAAAAAAAGACGAAUUCUUUGAUUUUUGUUUUUCUUUUCUCUCUCUCUCUCAGACUGUGGAAAAUCUAAUUGUACAGCUCCAAGAGUUUAUCCUCCCCUCAGCAUUGUUUUUUUUUCUGUUUGUUUGUUUUUUAGAGCUAUGAUUAAGAGAAAUCUUAAAACUGUAAAUAAAUAUUAUUGUGUUGAAAUAUGAAUGUCACUUCAAAAAUGUAUUUGAAUGAGUUAGUCAAGGGCUUCAAGAAUGAAGGACCCACAUUUCUUCUUUUUAUGGUUUCAUAUUUUUAAUUUGCAGAAUGGUAAAGGUCCUUUUUAUCGGAGAUGCCUAUGUUUUUGUUUUUUUUUCUCCUCCUUGGAUUCAUAUAAUACGAUGUGUCACACAUGAACCUUAUAAAAAUCACUUUUUAUUCCCUCCACACCUAAAGGGAAACUCCAGUUUGCACCCUUUUUUAUGUAAAAUAAAAGAUCUCUCCACCUUG